UGUACAUUCUUGUGGAUGGCGUUUACACAGAUGGUUAAAGGGCCCUGUGCACUAACAUGCAGAGAGAUUUACAAUUGUAGCUAGAAUUUAGCGAGACUCAUUGACAGUUGAUUUCGGGAUUGGAAAAUCCUUUUCAGUCAUCAUUAUAUAGUUUUCCAGGAUCAUCUCUAUGAUGUCACAUAUCACAAACUCCAGGAUUGGGAAGACAGUCGAGAAAUGUAUUAAGAGUGCUUAAGAAGCCACGUAUCGUUAGCUUGCUAGCUAGUUAUCCAAGUGAAUGCGAGGAGGCUAGUUUUCGAUACACUGACAGAUUAAAUUCAGUCAUACAGCAGUCAGUAUUAUUUGUGUUCUUGCAAAUAAGGCUCGAGCGAGAAACAGCUGUGGAGCUGGGAGUGCCUGGUCCGUGGUGUGAAUGAGGGAGCCAUGGCAGACCACACCCCCCCACUGGAGCCUGGCCAGCUGCUUAGCCCCGAGCUCCCACUCCUCCAGUCGCCCCCACCCCCGGCCAUGGUCAACGGAGAGGGCCCACAGCAGGUAAUCUUGGUGCAGGUAAACCCAGGUGAAGCCUUCACAAUCCAGAGAGAGGAUGGUCAGAUCCAGUGUAUCACAGGUCCUGCUCAGGUUCCCAUGAUGUCCCCAAAUGGUUCAGUGCCUCCAAUCUAUGUGCCUCCUGGAUACGUUUCACAGAUCAUAGAGGAGAAUGGUGUUCGGCGGGUGCUGGUGCUUCCCCAGCCGGAGUUCCACCACGGCGGGCACUCGCCCCUGCAUCACGCGCCGCCCCCGCCGCCGCCCCCUCACGCCCACAUGCCCGCCUUCCUGCCACACCCGACCAUGAUGGGCCCGCCGCCACCGCACCUCUACUCAGGCAUGGCCGGCGGCGCCAGCGACAUGAGACACGAGUACAUCUCACAGUACCACCCCGCACACAUCUACUCCGAACAGGACCCCCACUCCCCCCACGGCCGCCCGCAGUUUGUGCACCGCGACGAAAGGGCUAACAAAACCUAUGAGCGGCUGCAGAAGAAGCUCAAGGAGCGACAGGGAGGAGAGAGAGGAGGAGGAGGAGGAGGUGGUGGAGGAGGAGGUGGAGGAGGAGGAGGCGGGGGACCCAACAAGGACAGCCCUCCGUCCUCCCCGCAGAAGAGCCGCGGGACGCCGCUGGUCUCGGACGUCCACAACGGUUUGGGCGGGAAGGGGCUGGAGCGGGAGCUGAGCCCCAGCGGAUCCCCCGGCUCGCCCAGUCGCUCCGCCGCCAGCGGGGGACGCGAGAGGGUCAUGGAGCCCGGAGAGUUGGAUGAAGAGGCACAGGCACUGCAAGCGAGGCUAAACAACAUUAGCAAGCCAGUGGUGGUUGAGAUCCAUGCGCGGGGCUUGUCUCUGAGUUGGAGCGCCCCUCCCAGGCCAGAGGUCGAGGCCGAUGCCGGGGGCGCAGGGGACAGGGCAGCGGAGGAGGGAGAGACGGAGCCGGAGGGCGAGGCCGGGGGUGAGGGUGAGGGUGAGGGGGAGGGAGAGGAAGCACAGGAGGAAGAGGAGGCCGAUCAGACACCUCCAGACCCCACCUUCACCUAUGAGGUGUCCGUCUCCUACAGUGGCAAAGACGGCAGAUACAAGAGUGCAUUCAGUGGUGAGGAUCUGAGCGCGACCAUCGACGACCUUAGACCAGCAACAGACUACCACGUCAGGGUCCAGGCCAUGUGUAAGUGUUUACAAGGCUCUCCCUCAGAAGCGGUGAGCUUCACCACACUCAGCUGUGAGCCUGAUGCCCCCAGCCCACCCAAGAAGACCAACGGCACCAAGAACUCCCUCAGCCUGCAGUGGAAGGCGCCUUGCGACAACGGCUCCAAGAUCCAGAACUACGUCCUGCAGUGGGACGAGGGAAAGGGCACAGGGAUCUUUGAGCAGUGUUACUACGGCCCGCAGAAGCAGUACCGAGUCACCAAGCUCUCGCCGGCGUCCCGAUACGCCUUCCGCCUGGCGGCCAAGAACGACAUGGGGGUCAGUGAGUUCAGCGAGGCGGUGGAGCUGAUGACGUCGUGUGGGGUGCCCGCGCCCCCAGUCAGCCCUGAGCUGGUGCAGGCCGGGGUCACGUGGCUGUGCCUGCAGUGGCAGAGGCCCCAGGGGUCGCCCCGCGAGGACGAGAUCGGCUACGUGCUCGAGAUGGAGGAGCUGGGAUCGGGCUACGGUUUCCAGCCGAGUUACGAUGGUGACGAGCUCUCUUGCACAGUCAGGAACCUCCACAGGAGCACCACCUACAAGUUCCGCGUGGCGGCCUACAACACUGAGGGCAAGAGCAACCCCAGCCCUGUGACGGAGAUCGUCACCUCCCCAGACCGACCGGGCUGUCCACCCCGGCCCUCGCUCAGGGGCAAGGCCAACCCCACCAGCUUCCGCCUGACCUGGGAUGCCCCCAAAGAUAGCGGAGGUUCAGACAUCACAAAGUACACGGUGGAGAUGUCGGAAGGUCUGACAGGUUCGACGUGGGAAGAGGUGUACAGUGGCUCUGCGAUGGAGUGUGUGUGUGACGGUCUCAAGCCAGGCUGCUCCUUUCAGGCCAGAGUGUCCUGUGAGAGUGAGGGAGGCCAGAGCACGCUGUCGGAGCCCCUGCAGGUACAGACUCCAGCCGUCCCCCCUGGUCCAUGUCAGCCCCCCAGAGUGGCGGGUCGACCCAAAGCACGAGAGCUGCAGCUGCGCUGGAGCCCUCCCCAGGUGGACGGUGGCAGUGCGGUGUGCGGCUACAGUGUGGAGGUGUGUGUGGCCCAGGCGGAGGAGGGCAGGGAGGUGUACCAGGGCUCUGAGCUGGACUGCACCGUCAGCAGCCUGCUGCCCGGACGCACCUACAGCUUCAGGGUCCGAGCGGCCAACAAAGCAGGGUAUGGUCCCUUCUCGGAGAGGUCAGACGCCACCACAGGCCCGGGGGCCCCAGAGCAGUGCCGAGCGCCCCACGUCACCUGCAGAUCCCCGUCCUGCGCCGUGACCAGCUGGGAGGCUCCCCCCAGCAACGGUGCUCCGGUAACAGAGUUCCGCUUGGAGUGGGGCGCAGCUGAGGGAAGCAUGCAGGUGUGCUACUCAGGACCAGCGCUCAGCCAUGAGAUGAAGGGCCUCCUACCUGCCACCAACUACUUCUGCCGAGUACAGGCACUGAAUGUGGCGGGCGCGGGCCCCUUCAGCGAGGUGGUGCUGUGCCAGACGCCGUGCUCGGUGCCGGCGGCGGUCAGCGUGGUCCACGCCCUGCGGGAGAGCGAGAUGGUGGUGGAGCAGCCGGCCCGGCCGCGCCGCCGCGUCAGCGAGGAAGACGACGACGAGGAGGACGAGGAGGAGGAGGAGGACGACGAAGAGGAGUCGCCCGUGAUCCUCCACUCGCCCUCCACCUGCCUGGGCCUGCGCUGGGAGGCGCCGUGCGACCACGGCAGCGAGAUCACCUCGUACCUGAUCGACCUCGGGGAGCGGCAGCCGGUCCUCACCGGGCCCGUCACCAGAUACAUCCUCCAGAACCUGACGCCAGACACCACCUACAGAGUGCGGAUCCAGGCGCUGAACAGCCUGGGCGCGGGCCCCUUCAGCCACACCUUCAAGCUGAAGACCAAGCCCCUGCCGCCGCUCCCGCCCCGCCUGGAGUGCACCGCCUUCAGCCACCAGACCCUGCGGCUCAAGUGGGGCGACGGCCCCGUCAAGGCCACCACCUCCGACGCCCUGCAGUACCACCUACAGAUGGAGGACAAGAAUGGAAGAUUUGCAUCCUUGUACAAAGGACCAUGCCACACUCAUAAAGUGCAGAGGCUGAAUGAAUCUACCUCUUACACGUUCCGCAUCCAAGCCUUUAAUGAGGCGGGGGAGGGCCCCUUCUCCAAUGUUUACACGUUCACCACUCUCCGCUCGCCCCCCGCCGCCCUCAAAGCUCCUAAAGUGGAGCGUGUGGGCGACCAAUCCUGUGAGCUCAGCUGGGAGGCGCUGUCGCCCAUGAAGGGAGACCCCAUCAGCUACACCCUGCAGAGCAUGCUGGGAAACUCUGAGUUCAAACAGGUGUAUAAGGGCGGCUCGUCCUCGUACAUGCUGUCGGGGCUCCAGGCCACCAGCGAGUACCGCUUCCGCGUCUGCGCCCACCGCCUGUGCCAGGACGCGCCCGAGCUGGCCGGGCCCUACAGCCCCACCGUCUUCCUGCCGCCCCAGCGGCCGCCGCCGGAGGCGGGCGCGGCGGCGGGCGCCCGCGGGGCGGCGGAGGCGCGGCGGCCCAAGCGCAGCCUGACGGACGAGCAGCUGACGCUCAUCUUCAUCCUGCUCUUCGGCGUCAGCGGCAUCCUCAUCGCCUUCGUCAUCCAGUACUUUGUCAUCAAGUGAGAGACACUGGCCCGCGGAGAAGUGAAGGAUUGUGCUAAAGAGGAAAACAAAAACCACAGAUCCACCCUUACAUUAAAUACAUACAUGUAUACAUACAAACCCCUCCCCAUGUAUACAUACAAACCCCUCCCCAUGUAUACAUGCAAACGAUCCCCGCAACCCCCCACCAAUCCGACAUGGUCUGUACGGCUUUGUUUUUUCAAUGUUUUUUUUUGUUUUUUUUGUUGCGUUUCUCUUUAUUUCUCUUUUUCUUUACUGUAUCAUUAUAUUCGUUGAAUUUUCCUUAUUUUAUUUUUUUAUUUAUUUCUUCCUUUCUUUGUCUAAUUUACAUUGUGAGACUCAAAAUGUCAUCCACAAUGGAAAGGAGGUCUCUCUCUCUCUCUCUUUUCUGGUGUCUCUCGCUUUAUCUCCUCUAUCUAUCCCUCCUUCCAUCUAUUCCCUCACCCUCCCUUGGUCCCUCUCUCUCUCUCACUGUCAGAGGAGCUCUGUUGGUUCAGUAGGGCUGUGUGUUGUGUGGGGGUGAAGAGCAGUUCAGAGAAUGACUGUCUGCUCCAGAAUCUCCUCUCCUUCAGCUCAGCUCCUCAUUCAUUCACCCAACUACGUAUAUUUCAGUCACGUAUAUAUCCAUAUAUGUGCAGAUGUAAGCAUCUUGUUAUUUAUAUAUAUAUAUAAAUAUAUAUGUAUUUUUUAGCUCCGGUAUGGGGAAUUCUGAUUGGUCAGCCGGCUCUGUAGGGGCAGCCACGGCCAGUGGGCCAGGCCUUUCUCCAGAAAGCGUUCGUGGGUGGGUUUUUUUCCUUUUUUUUUUUCGUGUGAGGCAGAAGGGACUGUGGGGACUGUGCCGGCAGACUCUUGGAGUGGUCAUCUCCGAGGAACGUGCCCGAGACGGCCACCCCAUACGGCGACAAAAAAAAAAAGCCGUGGGGUUGCCUCGACGGCCCCCAGAAGGACUUGUGAACCCCCCAACCUCCCUUUCUCCCCGACCCCCGACCCCUCCAAUGUUGGGAGAGGAGUUCACAACCAGGAAGGAACCCGUAAGUGGCGCAGCAUGGCCCGCCGAGGCGUCGUAGAACGUUCAUUUAGCACUUUCCGACCUUUUUGAUGUUCCGAAUGUGUAAGGAUGCAAAAAUGACUAGAGAAAUGCUUAGUAUAUUUUUGUACAGUAAAGAAACACGGAGGGCCGUCAUUCCCGAAGGGGGAAUAACCUAUGACGGGGUUUAGUGGGGGUAGACACAAACAAACAAACAAACAAACAAUAAAAAAAAUCAAAAGUGAGAACCAAUCUAACAAGAAAAGAGAACUUUAGAAGAGUUAUUUUUUAAUAUCAAGUAGUUACUGUAGCUUGUUUUUACAGUUAUACAGCUGCUGCUUUGCUCCAAAACAUUUGCUCAGCUCAAGGAAGAGAAAAAAAAGAAUAUGAAAAAAAAAACAGUACGCUUUCUGGAAAACUCAUCUUUGGUAUUUGCACCUUAGUGAAUGAAGGGAUGUGAGAUGAAACUUGACUGAAUGCAUCGCCUGCUUGUGAUGCGAUAGCUGGAACUGUUCUCAGAUGGAUUGUGCAAAGUCCUUUUUCUUGUCUUGGGUGUUUUAAAAAUCGUAGUUCUAUUGAAUAUAUUAAAGUCUUUGAAACUGGUAUAUGAAACUGUUAUAAUUAAAAGAAGAAGAAAAAUCUAAAUGACUUCAGGAGCUCGCUGAUUAAAUCCAAAUCAACUAGCGUUUUUGGUUAAAUUUGCAUUUAUUAUUUUUAAGUUUAGUUUAAACUGAUUAUGUUAAUUUUACUUUUUUUAGCAAUAUUAAUUUUGAUGUACUGUACAAGAUAAUUACAAGAGUAUCUAAUUAAUGAACUUAAUAUUAAUUUUGUGAAAUCCUUUGGUCCCCCUGUUUGUUGGCAUCGGGCUGUGGGUGGGCUGAGUCGGGAGGGGGAUAGGGCUAUGCAUUUGAGGUUUAUUUUUUUAUAUUGGAAAAUAAUUUAAGUUAAUUCUGUCCAGAGAAAGAAAAUCGUUAAAAAAAAAGGAAAAAAAAAACAUGUUGUGCAGAAAUGCAAAUCAGAAAGACGGCAGUGAAAACCCAUGUGCUCGUUCGUCAUGUAAUUCCUGUGAAAUCUAACACUUGCCUUUUCUCUGUGUUUAAGUCUUUGUGAGUGAUUGCGAACGCGGAACACACAUACAGUGUAGCAGUCUGCUAAUAGGGUUUUUGUGAUGUGUUUGGUUAUGGGAACGGUCAUUGCUGUUGCAACAGUUUAAAAAAAAUGUACAACAGGUACUUUGCAAGAAGUCUUCGAUGAUUUAAAAAAGAAAAAAGAAUUACAUGAUUUGGUCUUCUCGAUAUUCUGCAAUGUCUCCCUGUUGUUCAAAAAUCUCAAAUUCCUAUUUUUGAUAGUGAUUUAAAACUUGUAAUUGCAACAUAUGUGCCAUUUUAGCACCUUCCGUCACCAUGGUAGACCCCCCUACUAUUGGCUGUUGGGAGAAAGGAAGCUACAAAAAGGAAAAAAAAAUAUGCACAAAAAAAUGAGACCAUUUUUAUGUAAUUUUAAUGUUUGCAGUUACCUCAUACACCGUACAUUCCAAAAUGAGAGAUUUGUUAUACUCUACAUAAUACCAGACAUAUCACUUUAAACUGUUCGUUAUGAAAUAAAAGAAAUGUAUAAUCAUAAAUAUGUAUCUAAAGCGUAUCUGUAUAGCCAUGAUAUCUACAGACGAUCCAUGCACAAUAAAAGAUUUAUAAUUCUUCA